GGUUCUUUUUUUUUCUUUCUUUUUCUUUUUCCUUUUUUUUUUCACUGACUUCUUAUUCUUCAAUUUACAAAUAACAAUGAACACUCUUGCUGUAUAUGGUGGUGCUGGUGCUUUAGGACGUUCUUUGGUAUCUUACUUUAAAAACAAAGGCUUCCGCGUUGUUAGUAUCGAUCUUGUUGAAAAUAAGGAAGCUGAUGCAAAUACUAUUACUGAUGUCAAUCAUUCUUUGGAAGAACAAGGCAACUUUGUGAAAAAAUCCUUGGAUGGCGUCUUAAAUGGUACUCAACUUGCUGCUAUUUUCUGUGUUGCUGGAGGUUGGGCUGGUGGAAAUGCUGCUGGUGAAGGAUUCUUGAAAUCUGCAGAAUUGAUGAUCAAACAAAGUGUCAAUUCAUCCUUGGUUGCUGCUCAUGUUGCUGCUCAUCAUUUAAAAGCUGGUGGAUUAUUGACUUUGACUGGUGCAUUGGCUGCAGUGGAUGCUACACCUGGGAUGAUUGGUUAUGGUGUUGCCAAAGCGGCUGUUCAUCAUCUUACGAAAGAUUUAGCCCAAAAGAAUGGGGGAUUGCCUCUAGAUGCGAAAGUGAUUGCUAUUUGCCCUGUCACUAUUGAUACCCCCAUGAACCGUAAACAUAUGCCCACUGCUGAUUUCACUUCUUGGACCUCUCCUGAUGAUAUUGCAAAGUAAGUUAUUAUAUAUAAAAGAAAGAAAAAAAAGACUAUAUUUGUUAUACUGAUAACAUAUUAUUAGGCAAUUGGAUGGAUAUUUGUCUGGAUCGAUCAAGGUCAAUAGUGGAAAAUUGAUCAGUGUAGUUACCAAGGGAAAUCAAACUACUUUUAGUGAAUUGUAGAAUCGUCAUUUUUAAUAAAACCUUUAUGAGUGGUUUUUUUUUUUUUU